AAUCCCGCUAAACAUACCAUCCAAGUGGACUAAAAUUAAUUCAUGCAAAGGAAAUGACAUCAGCAAGCUUCGCGCUGUCGCGGCGGCGAGCUUUACAUCCACAACGCAAACGCAAGUUCUUCGCGGACCUAGCACAGCUGCUGAACGAGGAUCCGCCUGAGAUCCGUCCGCUACAAGGCACCUUCUUUGGUCCUGAGCUUCCAGCGGAUGCCACAAAUCUUCCGUCUUCCAGUCAAGAGUUGAACAGCGCGUCACAAACGCCAUGCAUACCCUCUCGCUCUCUCACCGGCGACUCUUUCGAGUCGGUUGAGUUUGAUGCGCCGCGUACCCGAGCCAGCGGAGUCAGCAAUUUCGGAGCGAGCCAGCAGAGCUCAUCGCAUAAUGAGUCCAUGGCAGACAGCAUGCUCUUCCUGCCCAGCGUCAUCCGCAAUAACAGCCAGAAGCGGAAGGACCAGCACGUGCACUUCGAGUUCGACCUGGAGACGAAAAGUGAUAGCGCAAGUAAUAACAGCGGUGCCAAACGCACGCCGUUACCGGUGACGACACUGAUUAACAGCGGUCUGAUGUUGGAGAAGCCUCCAGCCAAUGUGCAUCUGGAGCUCGCGGACUACUAUGACGUUGACCGCAUGUGUGAGUUGUCGCCGUGUUGGCUGCAAAGUAACGGAGCGUCUUGUGAUAUGCACCAAGGUCCUCUUCGAAGACCAAUGCUGCUAUUUUGUAUUCAGGCUCUGGACGAGUUUAUCGCGCGGAGCGAAUGGCUAGGUCAGCAACACUGGCGUGUGCAAGCCUGCAAACUCGCCCGGAGAGUGUUUACUGCCAUGUGGGAAGGCGAUGUGCUGGGAGCAAUGCCUUCAGAGCCAGACAUUUUGCUCUCUGACUACGUGUCGAAGAAGUCGACACUAGCAGGUGUGGCGCUUGGCGUCUGGCACAUCAUUGCACGGUACUGGGACAAAUACAAACAGAAUUACCUUCACCAGCUAGAACUGUAUUUUACCGACGUACCUGAAGGUGAAUCCACGCUUAGCGUAUCGAAGUGGGAUCAAUUGCGAGGGCUACUCAACAUAUACGGGAUGAAACAGAGUCAAGCAUUCCGUCUAGUGGAACAGCAGGGAGGUGACCAGUUCCAUGUGUGUGAACUCACAGAAAAGAUGAUUCGUUCUGGGACUCACGGACUUCCAUCAAUCGAGCACCUGCGCGUUGGGAUGGAAUAUCUUGGUUGCAACGGUGCUGCUUCUAAUGUGGACUCUACUACACUCGUUCGACGACCCAUGAUCAGCCAACAAGACGGGAAAACGGCAUUCAAAGCUAUCCUUAUCCAUCUCACGAACUGGAAUGAAGAGGUGCAGGUGUUUCCGUGUGGCUCCUUCUCUCGUGGUGCCGCGUUCAUAUCCGUGCUCGACAUUCUCGUCGCUGUUCCAACUCCCGCCGGAAAACCUGAUCAUUCGCAAGCUGGAGCAGACGCGAGCGCAUUUGAAGAAGUGGUAGCUGCCCUGGCAACGGCAAAUGUGAUUCAAAAAGGAGCGAUGCGACAGCUUUCAAGAACUCGUGGAGCUUGCAUCAUUCCGUUUAAGAACAGCUCGAUUUUGCUGGACUUGAAGGUGUACUGCCCUCCUAGGAGCUGGUUCGCGCUGCUUUACUUUACGGGCCCCGAGGAUUUUGUUUUGACGUUCUAUGUCAACCUCUUGAAUCGAUCGCUCCGAGAGAUUCCUGAUACCACUUUCGAAUGUAUAUAUGCCAGUGUGGCAGAAGCUCUUGGGCAGGAAGCACUUCUUGAAAUUGCGUCGGAAAAAGACCUCUUUGACAUCGUCGGUCAAGACUAUGUGCAACCAACAGAUCGAGUCUAGCUGAGUGCUGUGGGUCGCAAGAGCUCACAUGAGCUGUAGUAUUUAUUUGACCGUUAACGAGAACAUAUAAAUUUUCGUUAGGUAUCUUCGCUUGUGUGCAUUACUUCGGCGGCAUACGAAGGGC